GAAGCAGCAGCAGCAGCAGCAGCAGCAGCAUCAGUCGUGUAUGUGGAUCCUCAGCAGCAGCAGCAGCAGCAGCAGCAUCAGGAGAUACAUCCCAGAACCAAACUGCAUGAGCAACAUGGUCGUUUUAAUCGUUUCUCUGUGCCUGCUGGUGGGCUUCUCGCUCCAGGUGGACGUGAAAAGUGGCAAAGAGGCAGGAAAAGCUGGGAAUUUCAUGGAAGAUGAGCAAUGGCUGUCAACCAUCUCCCAGUACGGACGCAAGAUCAAACACUGGAAUCGCUUCAGAGACGAAGUCGAGGAUGACUACAUCAAAAACAUGGACGAGAACAUAGGCUCCGAUGAAACCGUGGACACCACCAAGGACCCGUGCCAGAACGUGAAGUGCAGCCGCCAUAAGGUGUGCGUCGCUCAGGGCUACCAGAGGGCCAUGUGUGUCAAUCGCAAGAAACUGGAGCACAGAGUCAAACAGUCAGGGCAGCCGGACGCCCCUGAAAACAGCUGCAAGCCGUGUCCCGUUACCGCCUCCUCACCUGUAUGUGGCACUGACGGACACAACUACGCCUCUGAGUGUAAGCUGGAGCAGCAGGCCUGCCUCGCGGGCAAAGAGCUGAACAUCAUGUGUACUGGCUUUUGCCCCUGCGCCACAGCCUCCGUCACCCUCACGAAUACCGACACAAAACGUGAGAGCUGCACCGGCCAGGACCUGGCAGACCUGGGCGACCGCCUGAGAGACUGGUUCCAACUCCUUCAUGGAAACGCGAAGCAGAAUAACUCUGGCAAGCUCGGAGCUGGCACCGCUUCAGCGCUGGACAAGAGCCUCGUAGCCAGCUGCAAGGACUCCAUCGGCUGGAUGUUCUCGAGGCUGGACACCAACAGUGACCUGUACCUGGACCAAGCCGAGCUGGCUGCUAUUAACCUGGAUAAGUACGAGAUCUGCAUCCGACCCUUCUUCAACUCCUGCGACAGCUACAAGGACGGGAAGGUCUCUACGGCGGAGUGGUGCCUCUGCUUCUGGAGGGAAAAGCCGCCGUGCCUCGCCGAGCUGGAGAGGAUCCAAGUGCAGGAGGCGGCCAAGAAGAAGCCUGGAGUGUUCAUUCCCAGCUGUGAUGAGGACGGAUACUACAGGAAAGUGCAGUGUGACCAGAGCCGAGGGGAGUGCUGGUGCGUCGACCAGCAUGGUGGAGAGAUGAUGGGCACCAGAAUCCAUGGCAACCCCGACUGCGAUGAAGUAGCGGGAUAUUCUGGAGAUUUUGGGAGUGGAGUGGGAUGGGAGGAUGAAGAGGAGAAGGAGGCAGAGGACACCGGAGAGGAGGCGGAAGAGGAGGAAGAGGAGGAGGGCGAGGCAGACGACGGAGGAUACAUCUGGUAAAACUGUCUGACCCCAAGCGGAGAGCCGAGUCACAGCCGCUGGCCUGAUAAUCUACAGGGACGGCUCUCUCCUCACAGCUAAAGAUUUUGGGAUCGGACCGGGGAGGCAUGGAGUUGUGUAUCAUCCUGGUGGGAUAUGUGGUGCUGGGCAGGUCCAGGGAUGAGACGAUGACCAGUUUUUGUCUUAGAUAUGUGUAAUUGCUUCAUUCUCUUGUCUCUGUUUUUUGAGCGACAGAGCUUUUUUGUUUUGCCGUCCUGAAAAGCAGGACCCACUGACGACUGCACCAUAGGUAGCUAAAGUCCAUCAGAAUUCCUAUCUUGUCCGACCGCCAUCUAUGCAUAUAGAGAUUACCAGUAAUUUUGUAUCGUGUGAACAAUUGCUUGAGUAUUAGAGCCGCCGUCCCACUGGAAUGACUAGAGAUCAGAAUUUAAAGGAAUAGUUUGACAUUUUGGAAAACAUGCGUGUUUGCUUUCUUGCCGAGAGUUUUGUGAGAAACUCGAUACCAUUGACGUAGAAGACUGUGAAAAUACGUAAUUAGAAAGACAACCCAAAAGUUGCGUUAGGGUCGUCUCUCGCAGAAGCUACGUUGCCUUUGUGUUUCGUACUGGGAUGUACUCACACCAGCAACGGGUCUUACUCGUUCUUUCGCUUCACCGGCUGAUAAAAAGACCAGGAGUCGCUGGAUAAAACAAAUCACGUAAAGAUAACGUUUCAUUAAAAUCAGUUAUUGCAGCUUUGAGCUAAGCUAAGAUAACCCUGGUUGUAGCUUCAUAUUUACAUAUUUAUAGUGGUAUUGAUCUUCUUACCUAUCUCAAAAUAUAUAGCAAAUAAGCAUAUUUAAAAUGUCGAACUAUUCCAGUUCAGUGCAAUGAGGUUAUGUAUGUCCAAACUGAUUCUAUAUAUAAAUCCAGUGUAAAUGAUCUGUGAAGCAAGCUUCGAGGAUUCACGGUUUCAAGCUACCUUCAUGAUAAAGGUGCACCACAGCUCAUAGCAGUUUUUAAAUCGUACAUACUUUACGAAAUACGUGGACACACACGACUAUACAGGACCUACAUUUCCAUUUACUUUUAUUGAAAACCUGUAGAAUGUACUUAAAUGGCCCCAAACUGUACCUCCAGUAGAAACCACUAGUCGCUGUCCUCUGCUUACUCUGAAAUCAUGUCAAAGAAUGUGCCACGACUAUGUUUUAUUCUGAGUUUGCAACCUGAAAAACUGUAUUUUGUGUUUAUAAAAAAGAAAAUGUGUGCAUUACUUGAAGUUCUGUGUGUAUACUUGAAUUCACAUUGUACUUUUAUUUUCUAUGAGAAUAUUGUUGCCAUGUCUUCAUUCAUGCUAUUGGUAGGCCAGACAUUUGGUUGUUUUUAGUAUUGCAUGUUAGUAAAUAAGAAUGUACUUCUAGGCUGAGCACUUUACUAAUAAAGGCACUGGAGCCAAA